AUGGGGCCUGGCGGCAAUCUCGAGGGCAUUCUCAAGUGGAGCCUCGCUCACUCCGAUGGCACUGGCCCCGCUCGGCAGAUCACCGACGAGGAGCGGCAGUGGUUCAACCAAGCCAUGCAGGCGGCGGUGGUGGACAUAGUGCAGCGGAUGAAGGAAAUCAGCAUGGUCAUGGCAGUCACUGAGGAGGGUCUGCUGGCGCAGGGAGUCACGGUGGAGGAGAUGGCGGGCAUGCUGGAGGAGCUGCAGGAGCAUGUGGAGUCGAUUGAUAUGGCCAAUGACCUGAAGGCCAUAGGAGGCUUGGAGCCGCUGCUGCGCUUCCUCAAUUCCCCCCAUGCCAUCCUGCGAGCGCGGGCGGCGGAGGUGGUAACCACCAUGGUGCAAAACAACGAAAAGAGCCAACGGAGCGUCAUGGAGGCGGGCGGUCAUCUGAUCCUCAUGGAUAUGAUUCUGAAUGAUGCUGACGUCACUGCUAGAACCAAAGCCGUGGGGGCUAUCUCAU